AUGUCGGACUGGGACACCACGACGGUCAUCGGCCGCAACACGCGCGGCGGCCAGUCGGGCGGCGGCGGCGGCGCGCGCCAGGGCCCCACGGCCUACGAGCGUGCCAAGGCCGUUGGCGCCAUCACGGAGAACGACCGCAAGGUCGCCGCCGGCACGAACAAGGCACACAGCGGCGUCGACCACGCACACCUGGCCAAGCUGGACCGUGAGAACGAGGUGGCGCCGCCGGCAAAGGUGGCGCCGAGCGUGGGCAAGGCGAUUGCACAGUCGCGGCAGGAGAAGGGCCUGACGCAGAAGGACCUCGGCACCAAGAUCAACGAGAAGCCGCAGGUGAUUGCCGAGUACGAGAGCGGCAAGGCGAUUCCGAACCCCGCCAUUCUUGCCAAGCUCGAGCGCGCACUGGGCGUGAAGCUGCGCGGCAAGGACAUUGGCGCACCGCUGGGCGGCCCCAAGAAGUCCUAG